UCGUGAACAGCAUCUGAUCUGUGAACGCUACGACGAGAGAGAGGUUAUAUUUGUACUUCGUUUACGAACAAGUAAUCUCGCACUUCGCCAUGGAAGAUAAGAACGCAUCUGGUAAUGCUGCAGCUGUAGAGAACACGGCUGCUUCUCCGCCAGCCAAGAAGACCGCCAAGUCGAAGGCGAAAGCCCAACGGCCGAAGUCGAAUCAUCCGUCAACCGCCGAGAUGGUAACCACUGCCAUCAAGGAGCUGAAAGAUCGCAAGGGCUCGUCCGUGCAGGCCAUCAAAAAGUACAUCGCUUCGACGUACAAGAUCGAUGGCGAGAAAUGUGCUCCCUUCAUCAAGCGAUACCUGAGAGCAGCGGUUACUUCCGGCGCGGUGGUGCAGACCAAGGGGAAGGGUGCGUCUGGCUCCUUCAAACUUCCGAUCGCCAAGUCUAACAAGAAGACUACUAAGAAAGGACCUGCGAAGAAACCAAAAACACCCGUUAAGAAGGCCCCGGUUGAGAAGAAGAAGCCGCCGAAGAAAGCGCCCGCGACGAAGAAGGUCGAGGUAGAGAAGGUAGCUGAGAAGAAGCCAGCGGCGCAGAAGAAGACCGCUAAAACAGCAGCGGCAAAGAAGGUCGAGGCCGCAGCUAAGCAGAGGGCUGCCGCUCAAACGAAAAAUCUUUCCAAGACUAAGAAGGCUACCAAAGCCCCGGCUGCCAAGACAAAAACACCCAAACCGAAGACCACUAAGGCAACGGCUGCUAAGACUGGCAAAGCAGCGAAGAAAUAAUUUUCUGAUUUUAAAACUGGCCCUUUUCAGGGCCCCAAAUUAUCAUACGUCAUGGAACCUCUCUCUCACUAUUUCCCUCAACAACUGAUAUUUCCUUGAAAAUAUAAUUAAUAGUCAAAUUAUUUAAUUAAAACCAACUUUAAAAAAACUUUGUGUUUAAACAAAGUAGCAUCUACAUGCAACUCGUGGAAGACGAUCCGUCGAAAUAAAAACUUUAUUUGAGCUCGUUUUAUCGAAUAACCUCUAAUUAGUUUGAGCUGCUUUGAAUUGAACAUUGAAUUCCGUUUUAUGUUUGUAAAAUGGGAAAUGUUUAUUGGAAAUUUUUCAUUAUUUCAGCAAUAAACUCGCUAACAU